AUGAGCGGAUUGGAAUAUCUCACUCAGGAGCAGGUCGAGCAGUUCCGCAGAGAUGGCUAUCUACGCUUGCCAAGUUUCCUGAGCCCCGAGGACACGGAGGCUUUGUUGACUCGCUCGAAACAACUGCUGAGCAACUUCAGCCUAGAGGACCACCCUCUCACUAAGUUCACGACUGGAGAUGACAACCACAUCGGCGAUGAUUACUUCCUGACCUCCGGAGACAAGAUCCGCUACUUCCUGGAGGAAGACGCCAUUGGUGCGGACGGCGAAUUGAACAGAGAGAAGGAGAAGGCGGUGAACAAGAUCGGCCACGCCCUCCAUGAGCUCGACCCCGUAUUUCGCAAGGUCACGCUGGAAAACCCGUCAAUGAAGGCAGUCGCGCGCGACUUGCAGUUUCACCAUGACCCCGUAGCGCUGCAGUCUAUGGUAAUUUGCAAGCAGCCUCGUAUUGGUGGCGAAGUACCGGAGCAUAACGACUCAACGUUCCUGUACACGGACCCUCCGACUGCGCUCGGUUUCUGGAUAGCGCUCGAGAAGUGCACACCAGAGAACGGCGCGCUCUCCUUCCUGCCCGGAUCGCACAAGAGCGCCCCAAUAACCAAGCGCUUCGUCCGCCUACCUCAGGGCGGCACCGGGUUCGAGGAGCUCAUCCCUCCUGAGAAAGCCCCCAAGAACCCAGAGGGAAAAUACAUCCUGGAAGCCUGUAUGCCCGGUGACAUGGUCCUGAUACAUGGAAGCGUGCUGCACAGGUCGGAGAAAAACCGCAGCCCGCACACCCGGUUUGCGUACACGUUCCAUAUGAUCGAGUCGCCCCCGCAUGCAGUCUACGACGAUAAGAACUGGCUCCAGCCCACGCCGCGAAUGCCGUUCUCCCGCAUCCUGGACGUUCCGAACACCGUCACUGUCCCUGUGGGUGCCUAA